CGGCGGAGGUAACAGGCGUUACCACGCGGGGCUUCUUCCCUAGCAACCGCUUCCUCCGGGCACGGCGCCGUGACGUCGGCAGCGUUUCCGCCCGGCCCGCGCCUCGCCUCGCCUCGCCUCGCUCCUUCCUUCCUGCUCUCGGAGCUCGCGCCGCGCCCAGCUCAGCCCAGCCCUCCUGCGAGCCCGCCGUCUGCACCGCCCGCCGUACCCAGCCUUCGCUAUGGCAUCAGGAGUACAAGUGGCUGAUGAAGUAUGCCGUAUUUUCUAUGAUAUGAAAGUUCGGAAAUGCUCCACUCCUGAGGAAAUCAAGAAAAGGAAGAAGGCUGUUGUCUUCUGUCUCAGCCCAGACAAAAAGUGCAUUAUUGUGGAAGAAGGCAAAGAGAUCCUAGUGGGAGAUAUUGGUGUCACGGUUACUGAUCCUUUCAAGCACUUCGUGCAAAUGCUGCCUGAAAAGGAUUGCCGUUAUGCCUUGUAUGAUGCAAGCUUUGAAACAAAGGAAUCCAAAAAAGAAGAGUUGAUGUUUUUCUUGUGGGCACCAGAACUAGCUCCUCUGAAAAGUAAGAUGAUCUAUGCAAGCUCCAAGGAUGCUAUCAAAAAGAAAUUCCAAGGCAUAAAGCAUGAAUGCCAAGCAAAUGGGCCAGAGGAUCUCAACCGAGCUUGUAUUGCUGAGAAGCUAGGAGGUUCCCUAGUCGUAGCUUUUGAAGGCUGUCCUGUGUAGAUACCAAACAGUGCCACAACUCUACAAGCAUUCCACAUUUCAUAUAUCCCAAAUGUAAAGCAAACAUCCUAGGCCAGGGUUUCACUAACUGUAGGGAAUCUGUCUUGUAGAAUAAAGUAGACUCUUGAGCUGUAGUUGAUAUAUGUACAAAUGACCCUAAAUAAAUCAAGUCUAAGGAUUA